AGAACUGGAGAUAAAGCGACUGUCAGUGCUGGGUUUACGGGGAGAAUUGGGGAGCGAAGCUACAUGGCAGCGGCGUGCUGGCCCCCCACCCCCACCCCGCGCUGACUGUGUGGAUUAAGGGGUGCUUCGUCUGCACCUCAGGUCUCCCACCUGUGAGCAGAGCGUGUGAAUGAAGCCUCUCAGGCUGUGGAGAGGAUCAAAUGAGACAACUUGGAAAGACCUUUAUAAAUCUUACCUUUAAACCGUGUGAGGGUUUAUUGCUGCUUGACACGGACUUGUUAAUUCCUUCAUGCAUUCAAUGAGCAUAUAAAUCCUUAAACUAUUUCAUGCUUUGGCUGAGUAUAAAAUCUGGAGAAUUUGGGUGUCUUAGUUCAGCCAAUAACUAAUUUCGCAAUAACUUUUCUGAGUCUGUUUCAUUGUCUGUAAAAUGGGGGUGUCAAUAUUGACAUAUUGAGAUGUAGUAUCAGGUGAGAUACUGUAGAUCACCUAUAAUCUCAGCAUUCUGGGGGCUGAGGCAGGAGGAUCGCCAUGAGUUCGAAGCUAUAUGGCAAGACCUUGUCUCAAAAAAAAAAGAGGAACAAAAGAAAAAGUAUAUAGCUCGGUAUAAUAAACCGUGGCUAACGUAUUUAGGGCAGAUUCCUUGUUUCUCAUCUCAUUGCAGCAUUUCUAUUUCUGUGGCAUUUUUUCUCCUGGGAUACCCAGUUUAGUGCUUGCACACAUGGGGUUCUGAAACUCCUGUUGCCUUUCUUUCUGAGAAAAGAAGGUAAAAUGGGCCAGGGAAGGACAGGGUGUGCUGAGCAUGUGAUGGUGUCAUCACCUGACUUCUGUUAACCCCAGGACCUUGAUCUCUGGCCUCCUGGUCCCAGAACAUGCUUGCCCAGAUUCUCACUGGCCCAGGUGCUAUCCUGCCCUCUGGGCUCUAGGCUUUCCGGGGAUGAGGGCACUGUGCCCACAGGGCAAGAGCAAUGAGCCUCCAGUCUUUCCCUUCAGGGGACAAACAGAGAUUCGCAAGUUGAGUUGCAGACAAAGAGGACCAAGAGUUCCCCAGAUAGCUGGGGGCCUAGUGACCAGGAAAGGAGGGUCCAGGAAGAGAUGCAGGGGUGGCGCUUGGAGAGGCCAGGUUCUUAGGUUAAUCAUCUCUGUGGCUCAGAUAAGGCCCUGCCAGCUGGAAGCAGAGCCACUGUGACCAGAGGGGUUUGUGUGACAGACAGGACACAACAGGACAGCACAGGACGACGUGACUACAGCUGGGGGCCAUGCCAGGCACAAAACGGUUCCAACAUGUGAUUGAGACCCCAGAGCCUGGCGAGUGGGAGCUGUCUGGGUACGAGGCAGCAGUGCCAAUCACAGAGAAGUCAAACCCGCUGACCCGGGACUUGGACAAGGCAAAUGCUGAGAAAAUUGUUGAGUUACUAGGGCAGUGCGAUGCUGAGAUCUUCCAGGAGGAGGGGCAAGCCGUGCCUGCAUACCAGCGACUGUACAGCGAAUCGGUUCUGACCACCAUGGUGCAAGUGGCUGAGAAAGUACAAGAAAUCCUGAAGGAGCCAGAUGGGGGGCUGGUGGUGCUGAGUGGAGGGGGGACCUCUGGCCGGAUGGCAUUCCUCAUGUCGGUCUCCUUUAACCAGCUAAUGAAAGGUCUAGGACAAAAACCUCUUUAUACUUACCUCAUUGCUGGAGGGGACAGGUCUGUGGUGGCCUCUCGGGAGAGGACUGAAGAUAGUGCCCUACACGGGAUUGAAGAGCUGAAGAAGGUGGCUGCUGGCAGGAGGAGGGUGAUCGUCAUCGGCAUCUCGGUGGGACUCUCUGCACCCUUUGUGGCAGGCCAGAUGGACUACUGCAUGGACAACACAGCCGUAUUCUUGCCGGUCCUGGUUGGCUUCAAUCCCGUGAACAUGGCCAGAAAUGACCCCAUUGAAGACUGGCGUUCAACCUUCCGGCAAGUAGCAGAGCGGAUGCAGAAACUGCAAGAGAAACAGGAGGCUUUUGUGCUCAAUCCUGCGGUUGGGCCCGAGGGCCUCAGCGGCUGCUCCCGGAUGAAAGGAGGAAGUGCCACCAAGAUCCUGCUGGAAACCCUGCUAUUGGCAGCCCACAAGACGGUGGACCGGGGCAUUGCAGCAUCGCAAAGAUGCCUCCUGGAAAUCCUGCGGACCUUUGAGCGGGCUCACAAGGUGACCUACAGUCAGAGCUCCAAGAUUGCCACCCUGAUGAAGCAAGUCAGCACCAGCCUGGAGAAGAAAGGCCGAGUGCACUUGCUUGGCUGGCAGACCCUGGGCAUCAUUGCCAUCAUGGAUGGAGUGGAGUGCAUCCAUAACUUUGGUGCUGAUUUCCGAGACAUCCGUGGCUUUCUCAUUGGUGAUCACAGUGACAUGUUUAACCAGAAAGCUGAGCUCAUCAAUCAGGGCCCACAGUUCACCUUCUCCCAGGAAGACUUCCUGACUUCCGUCCUGCCCUCCCUCACAGAAACCGACACUGUCAUCUUCAUUUUCACCCUGGAUGACAACCUCACACAAGUGCAGACCCUGGUGGAGCAGGUGAAAGAGAAGACCAGCAGCAUCCAGGCCCUGACGCACAGCACUGUGGGGCAGUCCCUGCCGGCCCCUCUGAAGAAGCUCUUUCCUUCCAUCAUCAAUAUCAUGUGGCCGCUGCUUUUCUUCGAAUAUGAAGGCAACUUCGUCCAGAGCCCUGAAGGGUCGCCUGGGGGAGACAUAGUCUCUCCAGCAGUCACCUCCUUCCACCUGACGGUUCACAGCUGCCUCCACGGACUCGGGAUUCUUAAGGCAUGCUCCCCACAUACACUGACCUCUACAAACCUUGUGUUGCGUUGGCUUUCCUUCACGGCACGUUCCCCACCUCACUGUCGGGUUCUUUACGUUGUCAUGACACCUAAGAUGCAUGUUCCUUUGUGCCUUAUAAAACAGCUUGCAUGUGUCAUCUCAGGUCCCGUAACAGUCUCCUAAGGAAUGCUUUUAGUUUUGCAAUUUCACAGCUAAGACUAAGUGGUUGAGGGAUGGUGAUCUUGGCCAAGGAAUGAAUCAGGAAUUAAACUCAAGUCUUGUGACUCGAAGUAUGUGGUUUAUUUUGGCAUACAGAAUAAAUUUCAACCACGCCUAAGAUUUAAGAUAGAUUCUUUGAUUCAUUCAUUCAAGAACUGUUAAGCAUCUCUCACAAGGGCAGAGGAUAUAGUAGAGAAGAGUAAUGUAUGACCUUUUAGUCUUCCUCUAAAGAAAAAUACUAUUAUAAUAGCAACAUCUGUUUAUUAUAAAAACUUUAGAAAAUAAAGAAAUACAAGCCAAUUAUGGUGGUGCAUCCCUGUAAUCCCAGCACUUGGGAGGCUGAGAUAUGAGGAUGACCAUGAGUUUGAGGCCAGCCUGGGCCACAGAAUUAUUUCAAGGCCAAUCUGAAAUACAUAGUAAGAUCCAGAAAGAAAGAAAGAAAGAAAGAAAUCAACCUUGGCUGCAGGCCAGCUCUGUAGUGAAAAACAUAGGACAUUUAGUAUACUCAAGAAAGAAAGAAAAAAGAAAAAUAUAGGACUGUACUUGACAUGCUGGAGUUUUGUUGUUGGGUUUUUUUUUUUUUUUUUUUUUGUCUUUUUCCUUUUUAUCUGUAUCAGGGAUCAAACUCACGACUGCCUGCUUGCAAGGCAGGUGCUUAUGCCGCUGAGCUAAAUCCCCAGCCACCAUGUUGUUGUUUUGUUUUGUGUUCUUUUUUUUGUAUUUUUGAGACAGGGUUUCACUAUGCAAUUCAGUUUGGGUUUGUACUCACUUUAUAGCCCAGGCUGGCUUUAGACCACAGCGAUCCUCCUGCCUCAGCCUCCUGAGUGCUGGGAUUACAGGCAUGCACCACCAUGUCCAGCCAUUGACACACUGUUUUUACAUUGAUUUGCUUCAUUUUAAACUAUGAGCA